AUGGCCGACGGCAAACCUGCACAACCUACCCAGCAACACAGCAACCGGGAAGCAGGAUUCACGCUGAAAUUCAACGACGUGUGCAAAUGGUACUGGAGAGGCUGGGAGGAACGUCGAAAGCCAACAGCAAGACCUGCACUCAUGGAGCUACCUACAGACAACACUCCGGAGGCUUGGCACACCUGCCCUGUGCUGGGAACCUUGAAGGCUCAAGCACGCACCCGCAGCCCAAACACAGUGAAACAGGGCGGCAGCACAAGACCCCGACACCCACCUCCAGGGGACGGUGAGAGAGGCACAGGGACUCGGAAAACGGGAGUCUGUUCACAACAAGGGCUAUGGGAGUGCUGCACGACACGGCAACAGGGGAGACGAGAACUCCACGUUGCCCCUACAUGCAUCAGGUCUGAUCACCACGGGAAUAGGCUGAGAGGACUCUCUCUAACGGGAUUAAACAGGCAUCCGAACCAUGCACUCACCUCUCAGUUUUUUGUCGGCCCACCCUAA